UUGCUUCUCCCCCUGGCAGGGCCUUCGUCUACCUCAGCAACCUGCUGUACCCCGUGCCCCUGGUGCACCGCGUGGCCAUCGUCAGCGAGAAGGGCGAGGUGAAGGGCUUCCUGCGCGUGGCCGUCCAAGCCAUCUCAGCCGACGAGGAAGCCCCGGACUACGGUUCUGGCGUGCGGCAGUCAGGGACAGCGAAAAUCUCCUUUGACGAUCAGCACUUUGAGAAGUUCCAGUCCGAGUCCUGCCCCGCUGUAGGGAUGUCUCGCUCGGGGACCUCCCAGGAGGAGCUGCGCAUCGUUGAGGGCCAGGGGCAGAUCAGUGACUUGGGGCCCUCCGCCGACGAAGUCAACAACAACACCUGUGCAGUGACCCCAGAGGACCUUCUCCUGGACAGCCCUGAGAAGUCCACGAUGGAUGGGCCUCUGGAGGCAGCUCUAGACCACCUGAAGCUGGGCAGCAUCUUCACGUUCCGAGUGACCGUCCUGCAAGCCUCCAGCAUCUCAGCAGAAUACGCGGAUAUCUUUUGCCAGUUCAACUUCAUCCAUCGCCACGACGAGGCCUUUUCAACAGAGCCCUUGAAGAACACAGGGCGAGGGCCACCCCUGGGUUUCUACCAUGUCCAAAACAUUGCUGUGGAGGUGACCAAGUCCUUCAUCGAAUACAUCAAGAGCCAGCCGAUUGUAUUUGAGGUGUUUGGGCACUACCAACAACAUCCCUUCCCACCCCUCUGCAAGGAUGUCCUCAGCCCGCUGAGGCCAUCCCGGCGCCACUUCCCACGGGUGAUGCCACUCUCCAAGCCAGUGCCCGCCACUAAGCUAAGCACCAUGACUCGUCCCAGUGCUGGGCCCUGCCAGUGCAAGUAUGACCUGAUGGUCUUCUUCGAGAUCUGCGAGCUGGAGGCCAACGGCGACUACAUCCCGGCUGUGGUGGAUCACCGUGGAGGCAUGCCGUGCCACGGGACCUUCCUCCUCCACCAGGGCAUCCAAAGGAGAAUCACCGUCACCUUGGUGCAUGAAACAGGCAGCCUGAUCCGCUGGAAGGAAGUGCGGGAGCUGGUUGUGGGUCGGAUCCGGAACACUCCAGAAGCUGAUGAGUCUCUUAUUGACCCCAACAUCCUGUCCCUGAACAUCCUGUCCUCGGGCUACAUCCACCCCUCGCAGGACGACCGGCAGUUUCUUGAUUCGGAUAUGCCUAGGACUUUCUACCAGUUUGAGACAGCGUGGGACAGCUCUAUGCACAAUUCACUGCUGCUCAAUCGUGUCACCCCAUACCGGGAGAAAAUCUACAUCACCCUCUCCGCCUACAUCGAGAUGGAGAACUGCACCCAGCCUGCUGUCAUCACCAAAGAUUUCUGCAUGGUUUUCUAUUCCCGAGAUGCCAAGCUCCCCGCCUCCCGCUCCAUCCGCAACCUCUUUGGCAGCGGCAGCCUGCGGGCCUCAGAGAGCAACCGCGUGACUGGUGUCUAUGAGCUGAGCCUGUGCCGUGUGGCGGAUGCUGGAAGUCCAGGCAUGCAGAGGCGGCGCCGGCGCGUACUGGACACCUCCGUAGCCUAUGUGCGGGGAGAAGAGAACCUGGCUGGCUGGCGGCCCCGCAGCGACAGCCUCAUUCUCGACCAUCAGUGGGAGCUGGAGAAGCUCAGCCUCCUGCAAGAAGUGGAGAAAACCAGGCACUACCUGCUGCUGCGUGAGAAGCUGGAGACAACCCAGCGGCUGGGCCUGGAGACCCUGUCCCCGUGCUCCAGCGAGGACUCCGAGUCCCGAAGCACCUCCUGCGUCUCCUCCCCACUCUCGGCUGAUGGGGCCCCAGAAGGACGGACCUCUCCUCCCGAAACCCCCAGUGAGAGGCAGAAGGAGCUGGCCGUGAAGUGCCUGCGCCUGCUCACGCACACCUUCAACCGCGAGUACAGCCACAGCCAUGUCUGCAUCAGCGCCAGCGAGAGCAAGAGCUGUGCCCGGCUUCGGGCAGAGACUCCAGUCCACACCUCCGCUCCUCCACAGCUGUCUGAAAUGUCUGUGACCCUGAUGAGAGACCCCUCCAUGUCGGCUCUCGGGGUCACCACCCUCACCCCCUCCUCAACCUGCCCGUCGCUGGUGGAAGGACGCUACAACACCAUGGAAGUCAGAACCCCACAGGUCUCCUCCAGGGUGGAGAGUCCUGACCUGGAGCCUGUUGUGGAAGGAGAGCAGAAGAAGUCCCCGUCCCGCUGGCCUGAGGAUGAGAAGGAGCCUCAGCGGCAGCUGGUGCCUGACAUUCAGGAGAUCCGAGUCAGCCCCAUCGUCUCCAAAAAGGGCUACCUGCACUUCCUGGAGCCCCACACCAAUGGGUGGGUGAAGCGUUUUGUGGUGGUCAGGCGCCCAUAUGUCUACAUCUACAACUCAGACAAGGACUCAGUGGAGAGGGCCAUACUCAACCUCUCCAAGGCCCAAGUGGAGUACAGUGAGGACCAGCAGGCCAUGCUGAAGACCCCCAACACGUUUGCGGUGUGUACGGAGCACCGGGGCAUCCUGCUGCAGGCAAGCAGUGACAAGGACAUGCACGACUGGCUCUAUGCCUUCAACCCCCUCCUGGCCGGGUCCAUAAGGUCCAAGCUGUCCAGAAGGAGAACAGCCCAGAUGAGAAUCUAACCUGAAAACCACCCUCCACAUCAUCCGUCUGCCAACAGGAUCAAGAUAGCAGAUUCUGUCUCAAGAGUCCCCAUGUUAACAUCCGAUCUCUCACACCAUCUGCUGCCCCAGCUGCCUGCUCCAUGGAAGGAUCCGUCUCGAUCUACACCUUCACGGGGGAAACUCAUUUCUGUUCGUAGCUGCAAACGCCUGGUCCCACCUGGGCAGGAUCUCUUGUGUGCAUGUGAUCUUCUGCCCGUCCCCCCAUGGGUGGCCUUCAUGUCACACAACCUGUAACGCUCCUGAAAGGUUCCUUUCGGAGAGGAGAGAGCAAGGAGGGUAGAUCCGGUUAAAAGCUGGUCUUUGAUCUACAGAGGUAGCAGUGUCGUAAAGCUCAGAGAUGAGAAAUCAGGAGGAAUUGCUUCCACGUGAAGGGAAAGUGGUAGUUUAGGUAUGGGGAUUUCCUAAUUUAUUGUUUCUACAAAAGAUGGCAGGGCAAAAUCAGGUGUCAGUAGUUUAAGAUUAUAUUUAUAAAGUAUUUAUUUCUAUUUACAUCACAAAAACCCAUACACUGGGUUCCGGCCCCCGAACAAUGCCUCCCCUGAGCCGGGGAGAGGCUUGGCAGCGGGCUGGUGCCAAGGCCACCACAGCCCCUCUCUCAGAGACACCUUUCUGGGAGAAGGGACCAAACACGGCGACUGCAGUGCGCUCGCCCUCUCUCCCCAUCCUUCCCUCAACCUUCUGCUUUGCCCCCCCAGCACUUAAACUACUUUUCCCAGAAGCAGUGACCAGACCAGGCACCACGUCUUCCCAAGCGAGGCAAUUCCUCCCUGCCCCAUCUACCUCUGGUGGGGACGCACGCUGUUUUGGGCGGCCAGGGCACCCACAUGCACAUGGACGAGCCAACCGCCCGAGCCCCGUGGGAUGGUUGUGCCUCACUGAGAGCAAGUGUAUUUGGGCUCCUUUUUCUGUCCGGUGCCUGAAAUGCAGCUCAUGUUGGCUGUUCCCAUGCUGCCCCCAGGGCCUCCUACCAAACAGCUGCGGAGGUCAGCAUCGCCAUGGGGGGGAGAGCAUUGAGGCUGGGCAGGCUGUUCCCAAAGCUGGCUGACAAAGUUCCCCAGGAGCCGGGGUUCGGAGCAGCCAUCCCAGCCCCACCGCUCCUCGUCCCCCAAAGCUCUGCUGUCCCCUCCUGCAGGAAGAACAGGGCUGAGGCAGGCGAUCGGGCAGUGCAGAGACCAGCGUCAGGGUGGGGAUGGUGGGGAGCAGAGAGGCCGGGGCUUCUUACUUUCAUAGCUGGCGUUUUCGUACCCCACACCCCCGUUCCAGAAGUGCAAUCCCACCUUCCUCCCCUCGCCUCCAUAGAUAACUCAGUCUAUGGCUGCAGCACAGCCGUGCUGGCGGGGCUCCCCACAGCCUCCUCCUCCCCAACAAAUCCCGCACCCAUCGCUCACGUCCCUCCUCUCGUCUGUUCGUUGGUCGUUUUGCCGAGCGUGGGUGCUUCACUUCAGGGCUUCCCGAGGGUGGCCCAUGCAGCUCCGGGCAGGAAGGCGGGCGCCUUCCCCCGCACAUCCCCAGGCCCUGCCGGGCUUCGCUUCGCUGUCACGCAUUCACAGCCAACCUUAAUUUGCACAGCACGGCCACAUCUCGGCCCCACCACCGCACAUCCCUACGUUGUCCCCUGUGUUGUCGGUGCGGUGCUGGGCAGAGGCCGUCCCUCCACCCCGUUUGCUCCUUUGUAAACCCGCAGGGACGCGGAGGACGGGGGUGGCCGGGCGCACGGCUCCCCGUUCGGCUGUUUCCCUCGUUGGUAGGAUCCCAGUUUGGCCCAACUCCUGCCUGGGGGCGAGAGGCUCCUGCGGGGUGAAGGCAGCUCCCGGCAGAGGCCUUCCGACAGGGCCGGGCCCGGUGUCUGCCAGCAACCAGACACCGCUCUGGCGGCCAUGCAGGGCUGCGGGCCCGGCUCCGAGGCGUGCCUGAGGCCAGCCAACCUGCAGAGCACGCCGUGGGGCCGGGCUCGAGGCCCGCAGCUCGAGGCCCGUUUCAGCCCCGCAUCCUCUCGGCCCCACGCGGGACCGCAGCCGUUCCCACCCCGCUCCCGUGCCCCCUCC